UUUUUUGGAGUUUUCGCCAUUAUUGAAAGCAACCUAUUGGUGGUGAUGGCUUAUGAUCAGUAUGCAGCUGUGUGCAGACCCCUUCAUUAUAACACCCAAGUGACGACAAAUGUGUGUGCUUGCCUGUGCUUGGGCUGCUAUGUCUUUGCCUUCUUGGAUGGAUGCAUCCACACUUGGAACACUUUCAGGCUCUCCUUCUGUAGGUCCAAUGUGAUCGAUCACUUUUUCUGUGAUGCUCCUCCUCUUAUGGCUAUCUCGUGCUCUGACAUACACAAUGCUGAGAUCAUUACCUUUUUUAUAGUAGGUUGCACUGCCUUCUUUUCCCUCACUGUAAUACUGUCCUCUUAUGUGUUAAUAUUUGCUACAAUCUUGAGGAUGCGCUCAGCAGAAGGACGCAAGAAGGCCUUUUCCACCUGUGCUUCCCACCUGACUGUAGUCACCGGCCUCUAUGGGACAAUCACCUUUGCUUAUCUCAAGCCCAGCUCUGGACACUCCAUGGACUUAGAUAAAUUGGCAUCUAUGUUCUAUUCCAUAGUCCUCCCCAUGCUGAACCCUCUGGUUUACAGUGUGAGAAAUAAAGAGGUCAAGGGUGCCUUUAUAAAGGUUAUUGGGAAGGCAAAGUCUUCUAUAGGACUCUUUUUCUAA